AUCGUUUAAAUUAAAGUAUACAUCUUAUGAAAAUACAUACUUAUAUUUUGAUAUCUGCGUUGAACAUAUAUAGAAAAUUUAAUAUUUUAAUUUUGAAAUUUUCAUUGUUUUUUAAAUGAUUGUAAAUUAUUGAAACCACUAAACAUUCCACAUUAAAAAAAAUCGUUAGUGUAAAAUUUUGUUACACAAAUAUGCAAAUAAUCAUAAAAUCUUAUGAGUAAAAAGCUCAUUUAAUUAAUAUCCAUAUUAAAAGUAUACUAUAUAUCUUUGUUAAUAUCAUUUAAAUUUAAUUAUAGAUUAUAUACAAUAGAUAAGAUUAAUUUUUUGAUUUAUUUAUCCUAAAAUGAUUGCGAAUAAACAAGAGCAGUCGUUUGAUUUAUAUGCGCACAACAAUUUAUUACAUAAUAGUAACUGAUUUCUUAGUUAUUUAAUAUAUAAUUAUUAUUUUAUUAUUUCGUAAUAUGCAGAAAAACUUAAAAUAAGCAAUAAAUAUAAAAUAUUUAUACUGCACAAGGCGCGGAUUUUAACCUAAGUAUGUAUCUCUUUAAUAAUUUUAAAUCUUAAACAUUUUCUAAAUCUCAGACCAAAAAAAAAUAACGAGAAGAGAAUAAACUCAAAAAUCAAUUUUUUGUCAAGGAAUAACCAAAAUGAAAAAAGCAUCACAAAAAUAAGAAAAAUAUUGAAGAUAGAUCGGAUUGGCACGUAAACUUAAACUUCUCAUAACCAAAAUUAACUUUUAAAUUGCUAAAUCAUGAUAUAAAACUGAGCUGACAUAGUUUCAUUGUAACCAAAUUGUAGGCCUGAGAUUCUUCGGGUUAAACGUUAGGUUCAUAUGCGAUAAGUGAUUUUUUGACUUAAAAUAUUUUUAAAAAUGAAAUCAACUUAUCAAUAAAUAAAUUAUGUAAUUAACAAAAAAUUAAAAAAAAUGUUUAAGAGCCAAAAAAUAUUAAUUCGAUCAAGAAUAUACAUUUUAUUUUUCAUACGAUAUUUUUUAAAUAAUUUUCAUAUAAAUUCACCAUGCGCUAGGCGCAGUUCUUAUCAUAAUUUAAUAGCUAUUAUAAUAACUUAUAUACGAAUAUAGUGAUUUAUAUAAGAAUAUAAAUCAUUAUAUCAUUUUCUAUAAAUUAGUUUUUGCUCAUUAUCUUAAGUAUUUUAUAGAUAUAAAAAAAUUGAUCAAACAAUAUUAUUAUUUCUAUAAUUUUGACAGCAUGUUACCAUAAAUCAAUUUUUGUAAUAUUACGUAGAUUAUUUGGUAAGUGAUAUUAAUUGGUUAUAUACUUGCAUUUUAUUUUUAGACCAAAUAAAAUAAAUGAAAAUUAAAAUUCACCGAUCAAUCAAAUCUCCUAUAUAUUAAAUUUGGUUAAACGACAGCUUUGAAAAACAUGCUUACGUGUCAAACUCAGAGCGCUUUUCUGUAUUUUCUUAUAACUAUACCGACUUUACUAGAAUUAUAUAAAGAGUGAUAUUAAAUAGGCAUUCAAUACUUUACUAUAUAUCAUCAACUUUAAAUAGAAAUAAGUAAAUAUUAAACUUUUUUCUUUGAUGUUUGUAAUUUAAUAUAUUUAAAAAAAAGAAAAUCUUGAUUAUUUUUAUGGAAAUAAAGACUGAAAAAGAAUAUGAAGCAGGAGGGAUUCCUGCAAAUUUUACAUAUUUUUAUAUAUAUAGUAUAGAUAUUUAAAUAAUUAACAAAUUUCUCGGAUCUCAAGUUGGACCGGUUCAAAAUAUGACACAAAUCGAUAAAAUAAUAAGAUAAUAAUAUUUUAGAAAUUUCUAUGUAAAUAUAUGGUCACAUUAAAAUUAUAAAUUUAUAAGUUUUGUAUAUAUGCAUUUUAUAUGUACAAACAAACAAUUGAAUUAUUUAUUUUUAUUUCACAACAGAAUUAUCUCUAUAUUUUCUUAACACUUCAAUAUAUUUUGCUAGUAUUUAGUAAAAUUAUAUGUAAACCACAUUUAAAUUUUAUAAAAACUAUUUUAUAACACCAAAUAAUACAGUAAAAAUUACGUGAAAGUUGAAUUUCAAAAAUUUAAUUAAUGUAUAUACAGUAAAAUCAAUUAUUUUGUUUAUUUUAUUAAAAAUAUAUUCUAAAAUUAAAAAUCCAGAAAAAUGAAACUUUUUGUAAAUUAAAACUCUAUAAAUUAAUAAUAUUUCAUAGUUCCAAUAUUAUUAAUCUACAGAGUUUUUACUGCAUAAUGUUAUAGAAUAGUUUGAGCAAAAUUUGGUUGCAUAACCUAUUCUCUCCUUUUUUCUUCGCUUUGCCAACUAAUAGUAUUUCGAUUCUCUCCAUUGAAAAUACGAAAGAAAAUGUGUUUUUUUAGUUUAGCCCAUUUGAAUUAAUUUUGGGCAGAACAUAUAUUUUAAAAACCUAUAAAAUGGGCUGAGUAAAAUUGAAUAUAAAAUUAUAUUACAUUUUUAUAAACGUAAAAUCAAUUAUGAUGAGGUAAACAAAAAAUCAAACUCAAUUUUUUAAACAACUAAAAUAUCAUCAAAUUACUAAAAUAAACACAACAAGAAACAUUAUUUAAUAUUUUGCGUCAUGUAUAUUUUAAGUAGAGAAAAAAAUGAAAAUAUAUAAUUGAUUUUACAUUGCAAACAUGUCAUUAUCUUAAGUAUUUUACUCUGUACCUUGCAUGGGUUAUCACUUAGUUAUAAGAAAUUUCUGGACUUUCGUGUAAUCAAAAAUCGCUUAAAUGACUUAAUAUAUAAUAGUAUUUCCACAUAAAAUAAAAUGAAGGUUAUUUCUAUAGCGUAAACCUAUUUUAAUACAUUAGAUUAAGUUGACUUAAAAAGACAAAUGGACUUGACUUUGAAAAAGCUAGACAGGCGACCAGUUUGAUACCCAUCAUGGCGUAUUUCGUGGAUCACGCUAAAAGCGUUAAGCCAGAGGUAACACAUGUUAGUUCAGGUCACAAACACCUAAUCAAAUCCCAGUUGCUCAUCGUAUUUUUGUCUAUAAAGUAUAAAUAUAUACACACAACAACACAAUUUCACAAGGAGACACAACACAAGUUCUCAAAGUCACUUUGGUGUAGCUAAAAAAAAAUGGCGCCAUCGCAUUUUCUAUUGGUAACAUAUCCAGCGCAAGGUCACGUGAACCCAGCCCUCCGUUUUGCUCAUAGACUCAUAAGAACCACCGGUGCACGUGUCACUUUAGCCACGUCACUCUCCAUCUAUCAUUGCUCUAAUAUCCUAAACCUCGACAACGUGUACAACCUCUCUCUCCUUACCUUCUCUGAUGGAUACGAUGAUGGGGUCAUCCCAACCGCUGAAGACGUCCAGAAACGGCUGCUGAACCUCGAACGUAACGGCGAUAAAACGCUAUCAGAGUUCAUCGAAGCAAACCGAAGCGGAGACGCUCCCGUGGUUUGCGUGAUUUACACGAUUCUUCCCAGUUGGGUUCCGAAAUUGGCGCAUAGGUGUCACCUUCCCUCUGUUCUCCUAUGGAUCCAACCCGCUUUGGCGUUCAACCUUUAUUACAACCACUCGACCAGAACUAACUCGGGUUUCGAGUUCUCGAAUCUGCUUACUUUAGAAACCCGUGAUCUUCCUUCUUUCCUCUCACCUUCAAACACUAGCAACACGGCACAAGCAGUGUAUCUAGACUUGAUGGAGUGCCUCAAAGAAAAAUCCAACGUGAAAGUCCUCGUCAACACAUUCGAUUCGCUGGAGCUAGAGGCCUUAACCGCUAUCCCGAAUAUCGAAAUGGUGGCCGUUGGCCCUUUACUUCCUCCGGAUGUUUUCACAAGGAGCGAAUCAGUUAAAGAUCAAAGUAGUUAUACACUUUGGCUAGACUCGAAAGCCGAGUCUUCUGUUAUUUACGUUUCUUUUGGAACAAUGGUUGAGUUGUCUAAGAAACAAAUAGAGGAACUAGCGAGAGCUCUGAUAGAAUGGAAAAUGUCGUUUUUGUGGGUUAUAACUGAUAAAUCAAACAGAGAAGCAAAAAUAGAAGGAGAGGAGGAGACAGAGAUUGAGAAGAUAGCUGGUUUCAGACACGAGCUCGACGAGAUUGGUAUGAUUGUGUCUUGGUGUUCGCAGGUCGAGGUUUUAAGACAUAGAGCUGUAGGUUGCUUUUUGACUCACUGUGGGUGGAGCUCAACGCUUGAGAGUUUGGUUCUCGGCGUUCCGGUGGUGGCGUUUCCUAUGUGGUCAGAUCAACCAACGAAUGCAAAGCUUUUGGAGGAUCUAUGGAGGACAGGUGUCAGGGUGAGAGAGAACGAGGAAGGAUUGGUGGAGAGAGGAGAGAUAAGACGGUGUUUGGAAGUAGUGAUGGAUGAGAAGUCGGUGGAGCUGAGGGAAAACGCGGAGAAAUGGAAGCGUUUAGCGAUUAAAGCGGGUAGAGAAAGAGGGUUAGCGGAUAGGAACAUGGAGGCUUUUGUGGAUUCUCUGUUCAGUGAAGCAGAGGAGGUUAAAGACAAACAUAUUUAACUUUCAACUAGUUGAAGACUGUUUGUAACCUUGUCCCUCUUCUCAUCAGUCUAUUAUAAAAUAAAUAACGAAUGCAUUUAAUCUUUGUCUUGGAUAAGUUCUCAUCAUGGGUUGUUAUAAGUGCAUUAAACAGUAAAUUUAUUUUAUAUCAAUACAAGAAAAAAGGCAUUUGAUGUACUUUAGAUAACGUUUCCUAUAUUGUAUUCUAAUCACAUAUUUUAAUUCAAAUCAACAUAAAUUGUAUACAUUGGUUAGAGAACCUGGUAUAACGAAUGUAUACAGUCACACAUUUAAUUGCAAGUAUAAAAGUGCAUGUCCGAAGGUAUGUACAAACUCUUUCUAAAGCCGCCAAAAGCACACUUUCUUUUCUUUCAAGAGAAAUCUUUGUAAACAAUAAAUCACAUCCCGAAAACGAAAACCUUGUUGCUUACGAAAAAACAUAGACAGAUUUAUAAUGUCUUGGGAGUGGAAAAAAAAAUGAACCAUGUCGUGGAUGAUGGGGUGUCAAAACGUGCUUGUUUUCUCUAUGUUUGUCUUUUCCUGCUUUGUUUCACUGAUUCAAGGUAUUCCCCAUGGAAUGUGGCAGUCACAAUUGGCAUGAAACCGAGCCUUAUAUGAGUCUUACUUCAGCAAGGAGAGACUCUGUAAGGGAAGGUGUCGGUAAGGUGAUCUCUUAUUGAGUUGCAGAUUCAUCAAUCGUGUUGCAGAUUCAUUGAGCUGUAGGCAUUAUCUUCUUACGGUGAUGCAUACUUCGGUCGCUGGCUUUAGUAAAUUUGCGGACUUAUACCCCACUGAUCCUUUCUUUGGACCGAUCUUUGCGUCCGCCAUCGCCGGGUCUUCUUCCGAGUAUACACUUCACGAAGGAUUUCUCUUUCGUGGUAAUCGGUUAUGUGUCCAUGAAUACAGCCUACGACUUCAGCUGAUCACGGAGUUGCACCAGGAAGGUCAUGUCGGCGGGAUAGAACUUUGCAUCUCGUCGCGUCCUCUUACUUCUGGCCGAAUCUUCGCAGGGAUGUGAAGCGUUUUGUGAAACGUUGUGUCACUUGUCAAAAAUCAAAGGUCACGCCAGCAACGUGGGAUUGUAACUCAACCUUGGACGAAUAUUAGUAUGGACUUUGUUUUGGUUCUUCCACGAACACAGCGUGGUUUCGAUUCAAUCUUUGUUGUGGUCAAUCGUUUUUCCAAGAUGGUGCAUUUAAUUCCCUGCAGGAAGACAAAAGACGCCUUACAAUUCGCUUUUUUGUUCUUUCAUGAGAUCUAUCGUCUUUACGGCUUGCCAUUAUCGAUACUUCGACCGCGAUUCCUGGUUUCUUAGGCAUUUUUGGCGGUCAUUAUGAAAACAGCUUGGAACAUUUUUGGAUAUGAGCUCUGCUUAUCAUCCGCAAUCUGAUGGCCAAGCGGAAGUUACAAACAGAUCAUUAGGUAACCUUUUACGCUGUCUGGUCGGUGAUUCAAUCAAAUCAUGGGAUGCGAAGCUACCACAGGCUGAGUUUGCCCAUAAUCAUUCUUUCAAUCAAAGCUUGGGGUAUUGUCCCUUUCAUGUGGUCUAUGGCGUCAUACCUCGUGGACCCAUUGCCCUGUCUAACUUACCCGAUCAUACGCACUUUCAUGGGGAAGCCACUACGUUUGUUGAUGCGAUGGCGGACAUCCAUCAUCAGGCAGUCGCAAAUUUGGAGACUUCUGCUUCAAAAUAUAUUUAAAACAGCUGCAGAUGUUCACCGUCGAUGUCUUGUUUUCAACAUGGGAGAUGGAGUGUGGGUGUAUUUCACCCGUGACCGUAUGCCGUCUCACGCUUAUAACAAGCUAAAGGCAAAGAAGAUACGACCCCUUGUAGUUUUGGAACGCAUAAAUGACAAUGCAUAUGUUAGUUUUCUUUAUUCAAUAUUGAUUUAUUAUUUUAUUAUUAAACAGUUUUUGGAAAUAUUGACAUAUUUAAAAAGAAUAAAUUGAAAAUCUGAUGUGUCAUAAUAUAACUGAUCGUUUAAAAUCCUACGUGGACGCUCUCAAUGGCUUAUAACCUCAACUUUUAUAUAGUAUAGACUAGAUUUUAUACUCGCGCUACGCGCGAAUCAGCUUAAAUAAUUGAAUUUAUUUUUUUGUAAUACUUUUCAAAAAUAAAUAUAAUUGCUUUAUACAAUUUUUUAUACUAUCAAUUGAAAUAUGAUUUUAUGUUUUUCUUAUUUAUAAUGUUUUAUAAGUUUGUUCUUUCAAAAAAUGACUACUUAUCUAUUUAUUUCGUUUGUGUUAUAAAAAUAUAAACUAGACUUUGAUCCGCGCAGGCGCGCAGGUGUAUAUUUUGGAAAAUAUGUUUAUAUUUGUUUUUCAUGUAAUUAUUAGGGUUUGACAAAAUGAAUCCGAGGAACAGAACCGAUACCGAUCCGAAAAUAUAAUACCAAACCCGAACAUAAAUUGAUUAAAUAUUCAAAUUAUUCAAAUUUUGUUAUUAGGGAACAUAAUUUGAUCUGAACCAAAGUAUUCGGGUACCCGAAUUUAUCUAAAAAUAGAUUUAUAUACUUAUAUAUAUAUUAAUUAAUUUUAAAUUUAACGUAUAUAAAAUAUCAAGAAUGAUACUUUAAAUUUGGUUUAAAUACUUGAUAAUAUAUAUAGAUAGUCAAAGUAAAUAUCUGAAAUAGUUAAAAUAUACUCAAAUCACCAAAAAUACUUAAAAUA